AUGGGUGUGGACGAGGUGGAGGUGGUGGAGUCGUGCAUGGUGGCACCCUGCCAGGAGACGCCCAGGAGAGGCAUGUGGCUCUCCCCGCUCGACCUCAUGCUGGUCAACAGAGGGCACACCCCCGCCGUCUACUUCUACCCGUACCGCUCCGAGCCCGGUGACUUCUUCGACGUGGUCAGGCUCAAGGCGGCGAUGGCCAAGGCACUCGUGGCUUUCUACCCCCUGGCCGGCCGCCUCGGCAUGGACGGCAACGGCCGGGCAGAGAUUGACUGCACCGGCCAGGGCGCGCUCUUCGUCGUCGCUCGCUCGGACCUCACCAUUGAUGACUUCCGCGACUUCUUGCCGUCGCCGGAGCUGAGGACGCUCUUUGUUCCCCGCGUCGAAGACCACUCGCCGUCCGUCCUGUGCGCUGUCCAGGUGACCUUCUUGAAGUGCGGCGGGGUGGCAUUAGGGACGGCGCCGCACCACGUCGCCGUGGACGCAAUCAGCGCGUUCCAUUUCUUGCAGACGUGGUCUACCUUCUCCAGGGGCGGCGGCACGGCGGCGCUAGAGCUCCCGUUCCACGACCGCACCCUCCUCCGCGCGCGCUCCCCACCCUUCGUCCACUCCGACGCCUUCUCGGUCUUCUGCCCCAAGCUGAACCUAUCCGUCCAGCCGUCAGAGACCGUCGUCACCCAAGCUUUCAUCGUCUCCAAGGACCAGAUCACCGCUCUCAAGCGUGCCUGCGUCGGCGGCGACGGCCGCCGCAUGAGCACGUUCUGCGCCCUGAGUGCCCACGUGUGGCGGUGCGUCUGCGUCGCCCGCCGUCUGCCACCGAACGCCACCACCCGCCUCACCUUCCCGGCCAGCGUCCGGCGCAGCAUGAGGCCGCCACUCCCGCCUGGCUACUGCGGCAACGGGAUCAUCUGGCUUGGUGCGGCUGGCAAGGUGCGAGAUGUCUCCUCCUCGGAGGACCUGGCGUUCGUGGCCGGCCAGAUAAGCAGCGCCGUCAGUCGGAUGGACGACGAGCUAGUGCGCUCGGCGAUAGACUACUUCGAGCUCACCCAGAUGGACAGCAAGCCGGCGCUGGGGCGCAUGCCAGACACGGAACUGCGGGUGAUCAGCUGGCUUGGCAUGCCGGUGUACGACGUAAACUUCGGGUGGGGGAAGCCGCUGGUAAUGCUGCGCGCCGUGUCGGAGCGCGCCGGGUUUGUCUAUCUGAUGGACAGCGGGAAGGGGGACGGCAGCGUGCGUGUCCUCAUAUGUACGGAGGCCGCGAUCCUCAACGACUUCCAGCGCCUACUGUACGCCCGGUUCUAGCUCCAUGCGCCGCCUGACAUCAGAGUACGGAUUGGGCCUUUCACCCUGUUAAUUUAUCAAACACCUCCACUGCCACCACAAUGGUAUUUUUGGAACUUCCGUUUGGGAGCCACGUCAGUCU